GGCGAUCAUCGCACGUAGAAUCUUUUAUGUUUUUGGAAAACUAGAGUCCGAAAAUUAGAGCGAUUUCAUUUUUAUUCAGUUAUAUCGAAUAUGUCCCGUCUUUUGAUUGAUUGGUUCUGGUUGUCACAUUCUUUGCGGUUGAUUUAUAAAAGUCCGUGACGUUUUGAAUUUCCCUGAAGUUUGCGAGGCUAUGGUGGCGCCAUAUUCAAGAAUGUCAAUAUCAAUAAAAUGCUUUGCAUUAAAGAUGACAAAGUUCGAGUAAUAGCUAUAGAUUCAGUGACUGGACAAGUGAUUAACAGUAGUGUUCAAUAUACCCAAUCAGAUAGUUCCUCCACUGGAGAUUCUGUAGAUGGAAGUCUUCCAAUAGAGACCUUAACAUCAAACUCAAAGGAAUAUAAUACUUUCCAAUCUUUAACACUGGAUAACAGUGACGGGUCAGCCAUCAUUAAUGAUGGCACAAUUUAUGCAACAACUGGGUUUUCCAGUGCAAAUAACACAGUGUCAGCCAUAGGUGAUAAUACUGGAAAUUUAUCUUUUCUGACUCAAGCCGGGAGCCAAGUGUCUUCAGGUGGUGCAGUGACAAUACCUCAAGUUAUAAUUGUUGAUUCUAAAGAUGGUGCAAGCCUGCUUGGCAAAAGACAAGGUGAAAGUUUAUCUCAAAACUCACUGGUGAAUAAGAUUAUAAUUACUAAAAACACAAUCUCUAGUCAAUCUCAGGGGGUUCCAAUACAGGUUCAGACACUGCCUGUGACUCAAACAGCUGGUACUCAGCCAGGUUCAACAGAUGUAUUACAAGGACAAAAAACUCCUACAAAGACUAUUACAAUUUCUCAACAAGGGAUAGUUUCACCAGGAAAAGGAAUAAUGAUGGCACAGGUGGCUGGUACUCCUCCAAAAUUGCCAAUUAAUAAAUUACCAAUAUCGCCAGCAAAAACACCAACCAAAAUAACAAUGAUACCUAUGCCUGUGCCAGGUAGAUCACCUCAGAGAAUUGCCCCAGCAGGAUUGGGUCAAACAUUAUUAAGUAAUUCAAGCACAUCAACUGUGCAAGCUACUAUUACAAUGUCCCCUUCUAAAGUGAUGAAGCAACCAGGGACAGUUCAUGUGAUACAGAAACCAAUUCAACCAUCAAUUAGCAAUGCAACUGUGUUACAUGUACCAAGAACUGUCGCUACUAAUGCACAAGGUGUAAGACAAGUGUUGCCAGCUAACCUACAGCAGAUCCAUGUUCCUGGAAACAAAUUUCAUUAUAUUCGUCUAGCUAACCCUUCAAGUUCCACAGGUGCAAGAGCGCAGCUUAUUCCUGUGUCUGUUCCAUCUGGGCAAACUGGACAACCAGUGAAAAUAACUAUACCAGCUCAAUCAACCAAUCAGAUCGUGACGUCUAGGCCAAACGUAUCCACUGUGCAGAGAAUUAUACUACCGGCAGGAUCAAACCAGGUGGCUAUAAGACCUGCACCUCCAGCUAGUGUAGCUCAAGGUACCCAAUUGAUACGGACUACCCUUCCUGCUGGUACAGGGACCUUGGCACAGAUAGCACCCAGUGGUACAUCAUUUAUAUCCACCGGACCUGGUAGUACUCCUGGUGUGCAGGGAUUUGCACUUGUGCCAGCUUCUUAUUUAUCACAGAUCCAGCAACAGGUACAGGCAAAACCAGUGGUUACCACCGUCGCCAGUAGUAACACAACAGAAGCAAUAGCAAAACAGAUUCAGACUCGGAAUGAAUAUGUACCUAUAGCUAGUAAUAAUCCAGCUCUUAGUGCUAAUACACAAACUAAAAAUGUUAAUGGGGCAUCACUAGAUGGUGCUGGUGGUGCUAGACAAAGGAAACCUUGUAAUUGUACCAAAUCUCAAUGCUUAAAACUAUACUGUGAUUGUUUUGCGAAUGGUGAAUUUUGCCAUAGCUGUAACUGUACAAAUUGUGCCAAUAACCUUGAACAUGAGGAGGAUAGGUCAAGAGCCAUUAAAUCUUGUCUUGAUAGAAACCCGCUAGCAUUCCAUCCAAAAAUAGGUAAAGGUAAAACGGGGGAAAAAGAUAGAAGACAUAAUAAAGGAUGUAAUUGUAAAAGGUCAGGGUGUCUCAAAAAUUACUGUGAAUGUUAUGAGGCAAAGAUUAUGUGUAGUUCAUCAUGUAAAUGUGUUGGUUGUAAAAAUUUUGAGGAAAGUCCUGAGCUCAAAACGUUGAUGCAUCUGGCAGACGCGGCAGAGGUACGGGUACAACAACAAACUGCGGCAAAAACGAAACUUUCCUCUCAAAUAUCAGACCUUCCAUCCAGACCAGUAUCAUCAGUAACUGGAGAAAGGCUUCCGUUUUCAUUUGUAACAUCAGAAGUGGUAGAAGCAACAUGUGCGUGUUUGUUAGCUCAGGCGGAGGAAGCUGACAGACAGAAGAUGCCUCCUGUUGUCCAGGAACGAAUGGUGAUAGAGGAGUUUGGUAGAUGUUUAAUGCAAAUUAUAGAAUCAGCUAAUAGAACAAAAGCCCCAGAUCCUGAUGACACUGGCUGAUACUAGAAUAUUUACAGAAAUAGCACAUUGUAGAUCUCUUUAGGCAGCUCUGAAGAAGAAUGACACAACCCCCACUUUCAUCUUUUUAACCUACAUUUCCCCCCAUGUGAUGUCACAGAAUCUUUCAUAUGCUUGAAGGAUAUGCUUACCACAAGAUGAAGACAUCGGAAAAUAUUACAUGUUUACUAGAAGAUAUAGCUGAUAGCUGUAUAUGUGAAAUUUAUAACACAAGAGUAACAGAUGUUCAUAUGUAAACAUGCCAUUGUAGGGGAAAUUCUUGUAGGAUCUUGCCUUUUCCUUACUAUCAUAUUAAUAGCCCUUAUUUCCCAAAUCUCAAAUGAUUUACCAAUUUCUUUUAGCCUUAACAGAAUAAGCCAUUAAUGAGUAACUAUCACUUUACAUCUAUACAUGCUAACAGCUUUACCAUCACUACAGAUCAGUCAUUGAGGACAAUCUCAUCAUGUUUAUACAUAAUUGCAACUAACAUGUCAACUUUUGUUAUCAACUCUCAUCUAUACAAACGUUGCAUCUUGGCCUCCAGUUUAUUUGUCCGCAGUUGAUGACUUAUUAAGUCUUUUAUACAUGUUUUCCCUUGCCUCAUGUACCUGUCACAGAGAAGUUAUUGUCAUUUCACAUCUGUACAUGUUGCCUCCACUAUUUCUGAGUAAUUAUCACUGCAUAUCUAUACAUACACAUGAUAUAUAGAACAUUUUCCCUUUGUUUCAUUAACACAUACACAUGUAGGUAACCAUGAAGAGUAAUUAUCAUCAUACAUCUAUACAUUAUCAUACCAUGAUGUCGCCUCAAGUACCAUACUGCCAUUUAAGCUUGUGUAAAAAUAAGCAGUAGUUUUGUUAAAGAUAAUACUUCAUUUGUAAGAUAACAUUGUCCCCUAAUGUAUUCAGCAGCUAGAAAAUGAAGAGCCUUACUUGUGAUGUAAAUAUGCUGAUGUUUCUUAAUUACUUUUAUAAAUUUAAAUGUGUCAGAUUGGUGUAUUUAACCCCUGUGAUUGUCCUUGGUUUAUUGUUACCAAUACCACCUGAAUAACCAUAUUUGUGAUCUAUGAAAUGAAUAGAAUAUUCACAAUUUUAGCCUGUACAAGACUUAAGGUCAAAGUUUAACUAUUUGUAAAUAGACUUUAAAACUGCAAGGCUUUGAUUGGUGCACUUAAAGAGUUUAGUUAACCAGUUGGAAUAGGGCAAUAACUGGUCUACAAACAUUGUAAGAUUUAAAGCAACUAUAUACAGACACAUGGUAAUACAGUCUAAAUUUGAAAGUAAAGAAUAGUAUAUGUUAUUAGAGCUUAAUUUUCUAACAAAUACUUUUUUUUCUGGGGUAAAAAAAAUUCAGAAAGGGAUAUAUACAUAAAAUCUAAGGCAGGACUUAACUGUAUAAGACUUGGUAUGGUGGGUUGGGAAUAUAAAUUGGUGCUCUGCUUCUAAAAGUGCUUAUGAAAUUAUUCAAUGAAUUUCUUGUUAUAUAUUUGUAAGGCAGUCCAGAUAGUGGUCACUAUCAUUCAAAAUAUUGUUGUAUUUCUCGUUAUUUGAAACUUUCUGACGUUUAAACCGGUAACAUCCUGCUUUUCAAACAAAUACAGUUGAUCUUUGUAGAAAUCAUUUGCAUAUGAAAUUGAUGGUGUCCAAUUCUGUUAAAGAAAAUUGAAUAUUCAAUGAACUUUAUUAGAUGCAGUAAUUUUUAAGAUAUGAGCCACGUCACGACAAAACCAACGUAAUGCGUUUGCGACCAUCAUGGAUCCAGACCAGCCUGCGCAGU